AUGUCAUUUUCUCACGCCUACAGCGCCGGGAGCGGGUCUGGCGGAGCCGGCGGGGUCUCCUCUUACUUAACUGGGGGGGGCGGCACGUCUUCGGGGUCUUCUGCCUCGCUCUCUGAGGCCUCUGCUGGGCGGCCUCCGUCGUACAAAACGGUGCUCCUUGGGGACGCGUCGGUGGGAAAGUCGAGCUUGGUGAUUCGAUUCGUGAAAAACACCUUUUCAGACACGAUGGAGACGACGAUCGGUGCGGCCUUCUUCACGCAGACGCUGCAAAUCGACGGGCGCACCGUCAAGUUCGAAAUCUGGGAUACGGCGGGACAGGAGAGAUUCUCCUCGCUCGCUCCGAUGUACUACCGCGGCGCGGCGGCGGCCAUUGUCGUCUACGACCAGUCCAACAUGGCGAGCUUCGAUCGCGCACAAGUCUGGGUUCAACAGCUGCAGCUGAGCGGCAACUCGAACAUCGUGAUUGCCCUCGCGGCGAACAAGAUGGAUCUGCCGCACAAGCAAGUCGACCUGAGCCUCGGCCGGCAGUACGCCGAAGAAAACGGACUCCUCUUCAUCGAAACGUCCGCCAAAACCGGACAAAACGUCCAGCAACUUUUCUCCAUGAUCGCCCGGCGGCUCCCUGAGAAACCCCUCAGCGCAGUCGGCGCCGCGAACGCCGGUGUACAUACUGUCAAACUCACUGCAGACGACCCUGCCUUCCAGAAGCAGUCCGGGGGCCUUACAGGCAAAUUUUCAUGCUGCGGCGGCGGCAGCUGA